AUGCUCUCUGCCACCCUCAACCCCCAGGCUAACAAGAUGAUCCCCACCAUCCCCGAGUCCGGGGAUGGCAAGCCUGAAGAGGUCAUCUUGGAAUCUCGCGUCCUGAUUAUCAUGACAGGCGGCACAAUCUGUAUGCAGCCAUCGCCAUCAGGCUUCAUUCCAGCUCGUGGAUUCCAAGAAGAAUGCAUGGCGCGAGUCCCUACCUUCAACGAUGCCUCUACGCCUACACCUAUGGGCGUGGUCGUUAAUGCCGCUGGGGAUCAGACGGAACAUCCCAGUCUGCGCACACCCAUGACAGCUUACGGCCGCCGGGUGCGGUAUACUGUCUAUGAGUUCGAGGAACUGCUUGAUAGCAGCUCCAUCGAUGCAAAGGGUUGGGCACAGAUUGCCGAGACUGUGGAGCGCAAUUACACGCUCUUCGAUGGAUUCGUCAUCCUUCAUGGCACAGAUAGUCUGGCCUAUACAUGCUCUGCACUGAGUUUCAUGCUGCAGAAUCUGGGCAAACCGGUCGUUCUGACUGGUUCCCAGGCGCCGAUGUUGGAAUUGCAAAAUGACGCCACAGACAACUUGCUCGGUUCACUUGUGGUCGCAGGACAUUUCAUGAUUCCAGAAGUGUGUCUGUAUUUCAAUAAUCGACUCUUUAGAGGAAAUCGGUCCACCAAGGUUGCGGCGAGUGACUUCGCUGCGUUUGAUGCGCCGAACUGCCCUCCUCUUGCAGUGACUACUUCCAUGCGUACCAAUGUGAACUGGGAUAUGGUGCAUCGUCCCACAAGUUUGGAGCAUUUCAGCAUCCAGACCAAUCUGGAUACCACCCACGUCGCUUGUCUGCGUAUCUUCCCUGGUAUCAAGCCGGAAAUGGUGGAUGCGGUGUUGAAGCUAGAGGGUCUGCGCGGGUUGAUUCUCGAGACCUUUGGUGCAGGCAACGCCCCUUCCGGUCAGGACAAUGCCAUGAUUAACGUUCUGGCCAGCGCUAUUCAGCGCGGUAUUGUGAUUGUCAACAUCACCCAGUGCCUCACUGGCAGCGUGAGCCCAGUCUAUGCCACAGGCAUGAGUCUAUCCCGAGCCGGUGUGGUUGCCGGUCUCGACAUGACAACCGAAGGCGCCUUGACCAAGCUGGCCUACUUGCUCGCCCUACCCGAUGCCACCCCGGAAUCCAUCGCCAAGCGCAUGUCAGUCUCUAUCCGUGGCGAGCUCACCGAGUCGUCCCUGCCUAUCUUCCGCCACCCGGAUGGUGCCCUCCCCGAGCGCAUUCAGACACUCACUUCCAUGGGCUAUGCCAUUGCCCACGGCGACCUUGAGAAGGUCCAAGCCAUCACCAAGACCGAACACCACUGGCUCCUGAACGACGCCGACUACUCCGGCAACACCCCCAUGGUCAGUCCCCCCCCCCCUUCAUUCUUAUCUCCCGGUUUCUUGAAUUGCAUGGAUCUAACCCCCUCGCAGCACAUGGCCGCCACCUCCCCCUCGGCUCAGAUUCUUCAUUUCCUUCUUUCACAGGGUGGCUCCGUGCACCUCCGCAACCGUGCCGGUCGCACCCCGCUCUUCCUCGCUGCCAACGCGGGCCUUUCGGAGCACACGCUCCUCCUACGGAAGUCCGGUGCUCACCUGCACUCAGAUGAGCGCCCGGCUGCGGAGCUCCUCGCCCGGCACCGGCCCUUUGUCUGGGGUAUGGCGGGGGUGGGACCGAAAGAGAUAAGCCAGCGUGAGAUGGAUGAGGAAUGGGACUGGGAUACUCGGCAGAAUCGAAUGACGGCUGGCUCAGCGCCCUCGUGA